UGUGCUCUGCUCCUCCUCCGGUGCUCGCGGGCUCGGUAAGCAGGCAAGCGCGCGCGUUCUUUGCCACCGCAGCGUCUCGCGCGCAACACUCAUCUGGUCGGUUGUGUUGACGCUCCGCGCCCGGAGGAGCGCGUGCUAUCAGACUCGUCCACCCCUAAAUUUUGACGCAUUAUGCUGAUGUUAUUUGUGUCCUGAGGCCACUGGCAGAGCUCAGAUGUCAGCCUGUGAUUGGAUUAGACUGACUCGAAAAGGGUAAAAAGAAGAAGAGAACAUGACCACGGAGAAAGGUCCUGAGUCGGAGGUGAAGAAGGCAGCAGAGGAACCAUCUCAGCAGAAGGCGUCUGCAGGCAGCAUGCCCGAGUCUUCUUCAGACGGCAAAAUGGCCAAACAGGACCAAGAUGGCAAACGUCCGGAUGAUCACAAAGAUCCAGAUGAUGACUCAGAACGAACGACACCAGGCAAGAGCCCCAAAUCUCCGCAGAAGUCGUCCAAGCGUUUGAAGACUGUCCCCUUCAAGGUGACUCUCCUGGACAGCUCGGAUUACGAAGCUGGUAUUGAGAAGCACUGCAAGGGUCAGGCGCUGCUGGACCUGGUGUGUGAACAUCUCAACCUGCUCGAGAAGGACUACUUCGGCUUGACCUUCAGCGAUUCAGACAGCCAGAAGAAUUGGCUGGACCCCUCCAAAGAGAUCAAGAAGCAAAUGCGAACUUCUCCUUGGCAUUUUGCCUUUGCUGUCAAAUUCUACCCUCCAGACCCUUCUCAGCUCAUGGAGGACAUCACCAGGUACUACUUGUGCCUCCAGCUGCGUGAUGACAUCCUGUCCGGUCGACUCCCCUGCUCGUUCGUCACUCACGCUCUGCUGGGUUCCUACACCGUGCAGGCUGAGCUCGGAGACUACGACCAGGACGAGCACAGCACAGACUACGUCAGUGACUUCCGCUUCGCCCCCAACCAGACCCGCGAGCUGGAGGACAGAGUCAUGGAGCUGCAUCGCACCUACAGGGGCAUGACGCCUGCUGAGGCAGAAAUGAACUUCCUGGAGAAUGCCAAGAAGCUGUCCAUGUAUGGGGUCGACUUACAUCACGCAAAGGAUUCAGAAGGGAUUGAAAUCAUGCUGGGCGUUUGCGCCAACGGCCUUCUGAUCUACCGCGACCGCCUGAGGAUUAACCGCUUCGCCUGGCCCAAGAUCCUGAAGAUCUCGUAUAAGAGGAGCAACUUCUACAUCAAGAUCCGCCCAGGAGAGUAUGAGCAGUUUGAGAGCACCAUUGGCUUCAAGCUGAACAACCACAGAGCUGCAAAAAGACUCUGGAAGGUCUGCAUCGAGCAUCAUACCUUCUUCAGGUUAGUGUCUCCAGAACCUCCUCCUAAAGGUUUCCUGGUGAUGGGCUCUAAAUUCCGGUACAGUGGGCGGACACAGGCCCAGACGAGGCAGGCCAGCUCCCUGAUCGAUCGGCCUGCUCCUCAUUUCGAGCGCUCCACCAGUAAGAGGCACCUCCUCUCCCGCAGUCUAGACGGAGAGUUCUCCAGGCCGCUGUCCACAAUGAUGGAACCUCAGGACACUCUGUCCCAGAGGAGCGAGACGCAGUGUUUCUCAGGAGACGAGGACGGAGAACCUGACCUGAGUCUCGACCAGGACCAAGAAGAUUCUAGUGUGACCACUCCAACCAGGAAGAAAGAGAUUAAGUUGGAGAUGGAAUCAACUCCUCGACACAAACAGGAGUUUCUGGAUAAAUCAGAAGACAUGCUGCUGAAGCACCAGGCAAGCAUUAACGAGCUGAAGCGAGCCUUGAGGGAACCCAACAGCAAGCUGAUGAACCGGGAAAAGCGUCUCUCAGCGACCUCACCGGGUGACACGCCCGAGAAAAAGGCUGAGGCAAUUGGAGCAGGUGGAAGGGAACCUAUUAACAGCCUUUCAGUGGAGGACUUCAUCCAGAAGACACUGAUGAUUUCCCCCGAGGGUUCUGAGGAGUGGGUGUUAAUUGAAAAACAGAACACUUACCAACUUGACUAUGAAUUGGAAGACAAAAAUAAGAACAAAGCCAAUGUUUCUCCACUUCCUUUGGUCCCUGAGGUACCUUUAGAACGAAAGAUGAUACAUAUUGAAGUAACUGGUGAAGAUGGUAAAGAAAUGCAGGUUCAGAUGGACACCUUCCCAUCUCCUAAGAUACCAGCAAAGGAUGAAUCAAAGCAAGGGACUGGUAUUAGGGAACUAGAGGUACCAGAGGUGUUGACCGAACCAAAGACCACAGAAACCAAAGUGGACAAAUUACAAGAAUCAAAAGAGGAACGUACUUCAGACAAACCACACAAGGAAACGAGACCACAGAGUCUAAAUUUGGGAAGACCAGAGUUUGUGUAUGAGACAAAAACAGAGACAUCAAACAUACAACAAGAGGAAUCUGAUGAAGACAAUAAUACAUCAGGAAAAGAGGUGACGCCAACCAGGCAACCAGGGACAGAAAGCUGGUCCGAGCCCCUGCCUGAGAAGAUAAAGGAACAAUUGAAAGAAAGGCCACUAAAUGAAGAGAAGGAGAAGGAGCUUAACAAAGCCGUGGAAGAAGAUGAAGAAGAUCAAGAGAAGCCUAUGACAGGGUUUGAUGAUGCCAAAAAACAAUCAGGCAGUCAACUACAGGAAGUGUUGGUUGAGGCAAAGAGCAUUAAUGUUGAGGAUCAGGAAGAUGGCUCUGACUCAAUCAAUGGUCCCAUAAAAGAUGAGCUUAAAAGAAAAUCGGAGAUCAAGUUUGAGGUUACCAAAAUCAUCAUGAUUGACAACAGUGAAAAUGAAGAGGAGCCUGAGAAUGAAAACAAUCAGAGAAUGGAUGAGUUUUUGCCUGAAAAAAAGAUCAGCAAUAUUGAACAGGAGAGUCUUGAAGAGGUCCUUCCAGAAAAGGUACAGAGAAGGACGAAGGUUUCAGGGCAUGUUCGUACCGAAAUAACAAGGAUCGUCCCACUAAAACCAGAGAGGGCAAAGAGUCAAGAGUACAGAGAUGAUAUAGAUAUUGGUGAAGAAUCGAGACUGAUGAAAAGACAUUUUAAAAGACAUAGCAUGUAUGAAUCUCUAGAGAGACAAUUUGACCCGAGUAGGUUUGAUUCCAGGGACAGAAGCUCUUCGCAUACUCUAUUUACUUCCUACAAAACCACCAGAUCUCAAGAGGUGUCACCUUUAUCCAUGGUGGAUGCAGAACAUAACAUGUUACAAACCAAUGAGCAGCAAUCAACCAUGUAUAGUGAGUGUCUGCCCAAAGAAAAUGCUAUUCAGGAUGAAGAGGUGAUCAAAUAUAUCCCCCAAGCAGGGUAUGAAGUUCUUCCCCAGUGUGAUGAAGUGGCCAUGGAGGUUCAUAUGUUCUCCUCCAAGACCCAAGCACUCCAAAAAAGUGGUCCUCCAACCCCUCCGGUCAAAACCAAGAAGGCCAGAGAAUCAGGACUGAUACUUCGAAACAGCCGCAGUACCAGCAAAGAGCCAGCAGUGGAAGCCGCUUUGAAGAAACAGCAUGGGGAGCCUCUUUCCACUCCUGCCAUUUAUGAAGAGACAAUAGAUGAAGUCAAGCGGCGGCCACUGUCCUCCAGUGAAUACGAGUACGAUCGCAACACAGCAGCGACUCUGAGGGACUCACACCUGGGCAUUGAGCGUAAGUGCUCCAGCAUGACUGUCAGUUCCACCUCCAGCCUGGAGGCUGAGGCCGACUUCAGCACGUUCAUGGAGCUUCCCGGAGGAGUGGAGGAGUCUUCCAGGAGCAUGGCCGAGCACGGAGUGGCAGAGGACUUCAGCAUCAACCGUAUCACGGGAUCUCAUGACGGGCUGCUCGUGAAGGAGAGAGUUCACGAAGAGCGCAUCCACCAUGAAGUGGAACCUCCACCUGUGGCCAAGAAAGACCCAAAUGCAGUGAGUGUGGCGCAUAUGUUGAGAAAGGGAGACUCCAGAGUGGAACCUCAAUCCAAUGGUUCUGGGGUUCCUCAAGGCAUUACAGACAUCCCAGAUCAGCAGCCUGUGCAGGAGGUGGGUGGCGGUGAUGUUAACUGUGAGGAGACCGUAGUCUCCGACAAUGAUGUCAUCCAGCCAAAGGAGGGAGAUCCGAUCCAGAAAGAGAGCAGCCUAAAGGAAGCGAAAGAGAACGGUUCUCCUCUUAAAACAAGCAGCAUUGGGAAGGAAUUUAUCGUGUCUCCCAUCAGCAAUGAAAACGUCACUUCCACAACUACAACUCAAGUCACGAAGACGGUUAAAGGGGGAUACUCAGAGACAAGAAUUGAGAAAAGGAUCAUUAUCACAGGAGACGAUGCUGUGGACCAACAUCAGGCUCUCGCGAUGGCAAUACAAGAGGCCAAACAGCAGCAUCCCGACAUGCUCGUGACGAAGGCCGUGGUGGUCAGAGAAACAAAUGCUUCCUCCGAGGAGAAACACAGGACAUCUGAGUCCUGAUCACAGACAGACUUGUGAGAUCAGAGUGAAUAGAGGAGCAUCAUCUUCAACCCCACCUUCUAGAGCCAGCUAUGAGAAGCUAACCGUUGCUACUUAGCGAUAACACCGACGAUCCCUGCUUCCUGAACACGCACGGUCUGUGGCUCCUCCUCCCUCAGACUCUGAUGUCAUAACCCCAUCAAUGCAGUGCACUUCCUCCAUGUCAACCGUUUCGACCACUGCACACAGUGCUUCUCUGUCAUUACUCUGUUCGCUAUUUUACCCCUGAACUGUAUAAAUGUUGAUAGCAUUCUCCAGUUUAGCCUCUUAAACUGUGAAUAGCAGCAACUCCGAAAACUCUGGGAAAAAAAAUUAAUCGGAAAGUAACCCAGCAUCUUUUUCGUGUGUGGCGUCGGCGUCGUCCGUUUCAUGAGUUUACAUCCAGAUCCUCACACUAAACUACCCAUAAUCCUUCAUGUUUACUGUGGAAUACAUAUUUUUCGUGAAGAUACUUUCAGUUUCUCCUUCACGCAUGACUUUAGAGGAGAUUCGAGGUCGGACAUCACCUGGAGUCGCGGUUCUGCUCUUUCCGCUUGCUGUCACUUAUACGAUGCUCAUCUGCUGUCUUUUUAGCAUUUUUUUUAUAUAAUAGAUGAUCAAAAAGUGUUUGCUUGUUAAUUACAACUGAGCGUAUUUAUCGAUUAUAAACAUACGUAUGCAUGAUUAGCUGGUGUGGAUGGAUAAAGAGUCCGAUCUUUGAUGUCCAACUAGCAGUAUUUUCAGAGAUGUCUGAUAAUAAUAUUAAUCAUGGACAUAACGUUCGUAACGUCCACUCAGAUUCCAUAUCGAUUAAUUAUAUAUAUGCAUCAUGCAUUGGAAAAAAGGUGUUUUUUGUUUUGUUUUCAUUGCAAUUGCUUCUGGAGUACUUUGGCCCUGCGUUAUUUCCAACAUGUCCUACUGUAUCCUUACAACUCCUUUCUGAAUAAUAAUAAUAAUAAUAAUAAUAAUAAUAAUUAUAAUUAUUAUUAUAAUAAGAGCUAUAUAAACCAUAUAUAUGGGUUACAACAGAAUUUAGGAAAAAAGAUUUUAAUAUAAAUGUUGUAUCUAAAAAAUGUUCAUGUGAUGUUUUAUUUUUAUUUGAGAAAAUGUAUGAGUGCGAUAAAAAUGUAUUUAUAUGAAUUGUGAAUGUGAGCUUUUGGGUUUUCUCACUGUAUCACGGACUUCCUUCAUAAUGUCACAUACAGACAAAGCCUGGUUUCAUAAUGGAGAAUUAGAUGCUCUAAUACUUAAACUUAAAAUGUACUUUAUUAUACAGUGAAUUGGAAUAAUUAUUAGACACGUCAUAUAAAGAUGGUCUCAUGUGCAUAAGCCAUCAAAAGUUUGGUGACAUCUUGCUUUUUUGUUCUGAGUUUAUUAUGUAAUGUUUGAUCACUGACUCCAGAUGGGUCUCAAAGCUGAAGAAGAGAUAUUUCGGGAUAAAGGAGGUUACGCAAAGCUGGCUCACUCUUACCACUUCCUCACAAACUCAUCUGAAUCUACAAAGAUUCAGCCAUUACUUAGUUUUGCUCUUACAGCAGCUUGAGCUUACAGCUACACUACAAAAUAUGACAUUAGCAAGUUGAAAUAUCUUGAAUAUAGUGAAAUUUAUCCAGUGUUUCCUGCUAUAAGAUUAUAAUAAACCAAAAAUAAGAAUAGAGAUCAUUUUUUCAAAUUUUAAGCAUUUAUAUUUAGAAAGAAAAAAAAUGAUCUGCCAAUAGAUUAAGAAAAUUUAAAGCCUGAAAUGAGUAACAAAUAUCUAGAAAUAGGUUUAAUAAUCUUAUAUUUGGUUUCUAGUAAUAGGAAAUAGACAUACUGUCUCGUAAAAAACACAAAAGAGCAAGAGAUUCUUUUCUCACUCACCAUUUUCCAGUUGAAUGGUUGAAGUUUUGCCUUAUUAAGACAAACAAUUAAAUACAGACAAGUGACAAAUUAAAGGAAAACCCAUCAUCGUGUGAGAAUUCGGAUGGAGAACUGUUCUUCUAAAACUUGGUGUUCUGAUGAUGGUGGUCUCUCCACCACGAUGGACGUCACCCUGAAAUCUUCCAUAGGUGUUCAUCUGGGGUGGGAUCUGGUCAGUGUGAAGGCCAUAGCAUACAGUUUCCUUCAUUUUUAUCCUCAUCAAACUAUUCAGUGAGACCUCGUGCCCUGUGGAUGGGGGCGGAGUCAUCCUGGAAGAGACCACGCCCCCACCAUCAGGAUGGAAAUAUUGAGGAUAAAAGUGUUCAGUCUAAAGGAUGUAGAAGUGAUGCUUUGCUUUUAGGGCACGAGUGGACCCAAACCAUGCCCGUGAAUAAAUAAAUGCCCCCUCUCCCCCUCCCAACAACAUGCUUAUGAGAGCCACCUUUUUUCCCCUUUAAUUUGUCACCUAUUUGUACAUACUUAAAUUAAAAUAAAGAUGCAUACAAAGUUUUUUUUUUAAUUACUAAAUGUAUUUUAGGUCAAUUUUUACACUGUAUAUUCCAAAGAUGAAACAGAUGUCCCAAAAUGUAUUUCAUUUUCCUCUUUUAUUAUAAGCAAUGUUAUUUUGACAUACUUGGUCUCCCCAAACUUUUGAUGGACAGAGUACAAUCGCCUCCAAAAUUAUCCUGUCUCUAUGCAUCGCUUAUAACUACAGACUAGAAAAAUCGCCCAAAGUCAUUCACGUAAAAACUGCAACACUCUGCAACUACACAAUCUUGCAUUCGAAAGCUUCAUGCGUUCGCCUCCGUCUUUACCAUGGCUUUGUCUGUUUCUCCCACAGUCUUCUGGGGGAUGGGAAGUGUGUCAGAUCUGCUGUUUGACUUGUUUUUUUUAUCUUGUAGUUUAUUUUUUCAAAAGUCUGUCAUCACUGGAGUUCCUGAAUAAUGUUUAAAGACUAUAUGAAAUGUUCCCCGGCUUCCACAGAGUUGUGUUUAAUACACUUUUUUUAAAAUUAUGUUUGGUUUUUAUUAUGUUAGCUAUUCACAUGUGUGUGUUUGUGUUGAAGGGAGUGAUGAUCUGGUUGCAUUUAAAAAAAAAAAAUACAAAAAAACAUGCAAAUGUAUGAUUUCUGCCAGUUUACUUAAAAGUAAAAUUCAAACCUGCAAUCUGGUUCUGAUAUAUAAAUGCAAUUGAGGUGUAAUUUAAUGUACGUCGAGUCUGUGGAGUGUCAUUAAUAUUGGGUGCCUUACUGUCAGAGUCACUGCCACUUGAGGCAAAAGAAAAAGGUUUUUUCAGUUUUCCAUCAGCGGCAAUAACGGCUAUAUAGAUAUAGAAUGGAAUAUAGAUGCACUGGAGUAAGGCAAAGUGCCUUGUAUAUACUUGCACAGAGAGAUUCUCUGUUUUAUUUUUGUCACAGGCCAUAAUGUGGGAAGUGCAAUGCAGUUAUAUCUUUGGCAUUUGUAACACUGCAUAAUUGUUGUAAAGCAAUGCUGGUGGAUUUUUUUUUUUUUUUGAUGAAAGUUUUAAGUUAAAUCUCAUGAGGUAACAUUUAAGUUUAUAAAAAGUGCUUGACUGUUUUUGCAUAAAAGCAAGAGCAGAGAAAAACCUUAAUUUUCAAAAAUCUCACAAAAAAAGAGGCUUCUUCAAAAGUUAGAUAGAUAGUUAAGUUAAAAUUAAAAUCCUCUCUAAAACAGAAACCCUCUGUUGGUUCUACAUAGAACCUUCAGGGAUUCUUCCUGAGGUACAUACAGUACCACAGAACCUUAAGGACGCUACUUAAAAAAAAAAAAAAAAACACACUGUUUGAGAGGAUUAUAACAGUAAAUGAUUCAUUCCUAUCUUAUAUGUAAGUUUACUCUAGAACUCAAAGGUGUUCUUUGGUUUGUCUGUCUGGGGAAAGCAAUAAAGGCUUUAUGUAGAACCUUAGAACAGCCGGUUUCCCUAUCAGAAAGGGUUCCGAGUCCCUUUAGGAUGCUCUGAGCCAUAAACUGUCCAAAGAACCUUUGAAGAACCUCUUUUCUUUGAAGAACACAUUCAUGAAGCUUCUGUGAAGUUCAUCAUAUUACCUUUUGGGAUUAAAUAUAGAGCUCUGUCUAGAACUCGUCCUUUAAGAAGUGAAGAACCUUUAACUGUCCAAAAGAACCCUCUACUGUGACUGUACUGACUUCACAUACAAUCUGGUCAGUUUGAUUUAAAUAUAUUAUAAAGCAUUCCAGUACAGCUUUAUAAAAAGGGGUUCUCCAAGGGUUCUUUUGAUAGUUAAGAAUUCUUGAUUUUCCAAAUGGGCUUUAAUUUAAUUUAAAUCCUUUUUAAAAGAGAAACUGUCAUAGGAUUCUACAGAGAACCUUCCGAGGUUCCAUGUGAGGCAUAAACCAUAAAACCUUAAGGAUGCAUUUUAUUAAAUGAAGCUUGAGAUGAUUAAACUGUAAAUAUUUAAUGUAUAAUAUAAGAUAUUAGUUUGUCUUUGCUAGCACACUUAGAAAAAGUUUAAUCUAGAACAGUAAAAUGUUCUUUGGUUUGUCCGUCUUGUAAAAGCCUUAAAGGUUUCAUGUAGAAAGUGGCUUGCCCAAUCAGAAAGGGUUCCAAGUCCCUUUAGGAUGACCUGAACCAUAAAAUCUCCAAAGCACCCUUGAAGAACCUCUUUGUUUAAGAGUGUAGCACGUUUAUGAAGUGUUGAGACCUCCUCUGUGGAGUUUCCCUCAGUCAUGUUACCUUUUAUAAGUUAUUAGUUUGUGUUUACUACUGUAGACCACUUUAAUCUAAGUUUAAUCUAGAAUCCCAUGCUGCUAUUUGGUUUGUCACUCUGGGGAAAGCCUUUAUGUAGAACCUUAAAACAGACAGUUUCCUAUCAGACACGGUUCCCUUUCUGACAGCAUCCCCUUAGGGCCUUAAACUAUACAAAGAACCCUUGAGGAACCAUUUAGUAUGUUCAUGAAGCUUUGAGAAGUCACAAGUCUGUGACCUGUAAUCUUACUUUCUGACAUUAAAUUUAGAACAAAUAAAUAAAAAUAUACCACAUAAAGACCACAUAUAAUCUUUUAUAUUACCUCAAAAAUCCAUCAGCAUUGCCUUCUAAAUGAGUCAUACAAUGCUUAUAAAUGUGUUACGAAGCCUCAUGUACCCUUCAAAUAAAGCGUUAGUGAUGAUAUCGUAUCUAGCAUUUAGCCGAGUGGGCCUGUGUGAAUAUACAGCAUAUAAACAACAAUAAGAAUGAAACCUACGCUCCAAAGGAAUCAUUUUCCACUUCAGUACCUAAUGAUCUGUGCAUGGCAUGAAGCCUCGGCCUUCCUGAGACUCCCAUCCUUCUCCUUCGCGUUCUCCGGUUCUUCAUGGCCACCCCGUGCUUGAUGGUGUGUUUCUGCUGUAUGUGCAUUCAGUCAAUAAAUUUCUAAAUCCAA